CAAAGGAUCAAUUUGUAAUUGCAUUUCCCAAAAUCAAAUUGAGAAACAGUGUUCAUGGAGGAUCAGCUUCUAUUCUAUUCAUAUAGAUAUAGAUUGUUCAAUACUCUCUCUCUUUCGAUCCAAUUAUGCAAGCAGAAAUUCAAUCACACAGCAUCACAACAUUUGAUAGGCUUACCCAAAGCCAAGAACCCACUAUGCAAACCCCGGCAGAAUCGUCAAAUGUGCUUCAGGAACUCCCUGUCACCACCGCAAACACCACCACCAAAUUAACAAAGAAACUUAGUCUCCUUCCUCUCAUAUUCAUAAUCUAUUUUGAAGUCGCUGGUGGCCCUUUUGGUGAAGAGCCUGCUGUCCAAGCUGCAGGUCCUCUUUAUGCUCUUCUUGGUUUCUUGAUAUUUCCUUUCAUAUGGAGUAUUCCCGAGGCAUUGAUUACAGCUGAGCUCGCCACUGCCUAUCCUGGAAAUGGAGGAUUUGUUAUAUGGGCCGAACGUGCUUUUGGUCCUUUUUUUGGAUCCUUGAUGGGUUCAUGGAAAUUCCUGAGUAUUGUCAUUAACAUCGCUGCCUUUCCAGUCCUUUGCAUUGAUUAUAUGAAGAGGGUACUCCCUGCAUUGAACUCAGGUUGGCCUCGAAAAAUUGCCAUUUUGGUCUCCACUAUAAUUCUAUCUUUUCUCAAUUAUACUGGAUUAACCAUAGUUGGCUAUGUUGCUGUUGGGCUUGGUAUAGUUUCUCUUGCUCCUUUCAUAAUCAUGUCCCUUUUAGCAAUCCCCAAGAUUCAUCCCCAUAGAUGGAUCAGUUUAGGACAGAAAGGUGUAAAGAAAGAUUGGACUUUGUUCUUCAAUACCCUUUUUUGGAACUUGAAUUUUUGGGACAAUGUCAGCACUCUGGCUGGAGAGGUAGAUAAACCCCAGAAAAUAUUUCCAUUGGCUCUAUUUGUUGCUGUGAUCUUCACUUGCUUGUCUUACUUCAUACCACUUUUCGCGGUGAUCGGUGCUGUUUCUGUGAAUCAAAGUGAAUGGGAAUCAGGAUUUCAUGCCACUGCAGCAGAGAUGAUUGCAGGGAGAUGGCUAAAAUAUUGGAUUGAAGUUGGUGCUACAUUAUCUGCUAUAGGUUUGUUUGAGGCUCAAUUGAGCAGUACUGCUUUCCAGCUUCUUGGAAUGGCUGAUUUAGGAUUUCUGCCAAAUUUUUUUGCUAAAAGGUCCAAAUGGUUUAAUACUCCUUGGGUAGGGAUACUUCUUUCAACAUUGAUCAUACUUGGGGUAUCAUACAUGAAUUUUACUGAUAUAAUUUCAUCAGCAAAUUUCUUGUAUAGUUUAGGAAUGUUAUUAGAAUUUGCAUCUUUUCUUUGGUUGAGAAGGAAAUUGCCAGAAUUGAAGAGACCUUACAGGAUUCCAAUGAGGCUGCCAGGAUUGGUGAUAAUGUGCUUAAUACCAUCUGCGUUCUUAGUGCUCAUAAUGGCAAUUGCUACAAAGAUUGUUUAUUUGGUGAGUGGCUUGAUGACUGUGGGAGCCAUUGGAUGGUAUUUCCUUAUGAAGUUUUGCAAGUCAAAGAAGUUGUUUAAGUAUAGCAAUGGUGAAGCUCUUGAAGAAUAACAAAAGGGAUGGUUGAAUUGGUGAGAUCCUAAAUGAACAAGUAAAGAGCCACAACAAACAAGCCUCUGUACAUAAGGUUUUAAUCAGCAACAUUGAAGUUGAAAUGAAAUGAAGGGCUCUUGGCACUGAAUUUUCUGCAAUUUACUACAUAUGUUUUUAUUUUUAUUUUUUUUAAUAUGAAAGAAUUUUUUUUUUUUAAUAUCUGUUGUGUUAUUUUAAUUUUUCUCCCUUGUGGCUGGACAUAGUAAGGCUCCUUAUUAUUAUGGUAUAUAGUUUAUUUUUUU